AUGACCCAGCGCGAACCUCUUCCGCCGUGCUGCCACGCGCUCACCCCGGGCCGUAAAUGCAGCAGCAACCCUCACUUCGCGUCUGAAUUGCGCAAAUUCGGCGUAUCGUCCAAGGUCGACGGUGUGCAGCGACUCGCUAGCGACCUCAGCGCUGCCCGAGCCGCCCUACAGCUGGAGAGCAACACUAUCUCCAAGUCUGUCUUCCAAUCACCCGAUGACAUUCCGAGCUACACGCGGAGACUGACACAGUACCUGGCCCUUGUCAAGGGAUUCACGGAAUUCCGACAGAGCACCGAAAACAAUGCGGACGCGGCACUGCAGGCGUCGGUACCGGUAACCGACGCGACGGCGGGUGCAACACUGCGCCAACCACUUGUGGAGGAUAGCGGACAGACUGCAAACAGUCAAUCAACUGCUGCUACUGCCACAGACUGCGGCGGAUGCCUCAGCUUUUGCCGCUGGCAGGACGCGCUGACUGGCCAGACGGUGUACGCUCGCAGCGCACGACAGGAAUAUGCACAUGUACUGCUGGCUUGUGGCAUCUUGAUGAUGAGCGACGCCAGAGACAAAGUGGACGCCAUUCUGUCCGAGAGACUGUCGGAGCUCGACGAAACGCAGCUCAAACUCGCCUACCAGCUGCUGCUACACGCGGCUGGAGUUCUGGAGGCGUGUCUAGAGUCGAUGAACUUCACUCCUCGCUCGAUUGGAGCAGAGUUCGCGGAUCUUGGGGAAAAGGAGACGGAAGUUCAGGAAUCUGUCGAUGAUGAUGGAGUCGUGCCGGAUGACGAUAUGAUGGCCAAAUGGCGCGAAGAACAGCGCCAAGCUCAGCAAGAUACACAAAAGAAAGCUGUCCCUGACAGGAAUGAUACUACAAAGAGCAAUUCAACCAAACCUGUUGCUUCCAUCGCUGAGGAAGACCUCGCGAUGCUCAAGCGAGUGCCAGAUCUUGCUGACGGUCGCUUCCCCCAAUUGUUGGCGUGGAUUGCUCUUGCUGAGGCGCAGGAGCUUGUUGUGCUCCGUGGUGUGACUCGUGAAGUCGUUGACUACACUCUCAUGGCCAAGCUGUCGGUGGACAUUUCGGCCAGAUACAAAGGUGCGUCUUCAUUGUCAUUACUCUCCUACUCGACGUCAAUCACGGCCGAACGCAUUCGUCUGUACUGCGCCUACAAGGAGCCAUACUACCAGGCCAUCUCAACGUACUUCCAAGGCGCUGCAUGCAUGCAGACGGAAGAUGCACGGAAUUGUGUGCAAGCUGUGGCCAACUUGAAAAAGGCAGCCACUCUUUUUGAAAAAGUUGUGCCAUUGGAGAAAAGUUAUGAGGGCAAGAUGGCGGCAGACAAGGAGGAAAAAGAGCGCGUGACGUUGCUAUCGGCCAUUUUUCUCCGGUCGCAGCAGAUCAUCAGCCGAGACUUGGACAUUGUCACUCACCGCAAUGACAGCGUGUACUACGAACCGAUUCCUCAACCUGAGGCCCCAUGCAAUGCACUAAGUCUCGUAAAGCCGACGACACUUCCAGCAGUGACCACGAGUGAUUUGUGGCGUGACGGAGAAGUUGCGAACUGCCUGAAACCUACUGUAGUGACUGCAUCAGGUGACGCGGUUGAGAAUCAUCAUCAACAACAGAACAGUAGCCCUCGCAAAGGCUGCUGUUCGAGCUGUAUCAUUUCGUAA